AUGAUGAAGGGCACUCCUCCUCCUCCUCCAAGUUCAGGCAGUCCAUCUGUCAGCAUGUCAAUGAGCCGUCUUCGUCAGCCAUCAAACUCUUAUAUGUUUGUGUUUUUGGUCCUAAUGAGUUUGGUGUUGAUGAAUCUAUUUGCCACAGAGCAAAGCGUCUUCCAACAAGGAUUCUUGAUAACGGCCAGAGGAGUCGCAGUCUACACAAACAAGACAGUCACGACAUCAUCGUCAUCAUCAUCAUCACUGCGGAAUAGUGAUAACUUGAAUCAGCAAACUAAAUUUGAGAUUGUGGAAGAUUUCAUGGCUAAAACUCAAGCUUCUCAAGCUACUCAAGCCACCCAAGCCAAGAAGCAAGCUAACACUGCAACAACUCAAGCUGACACAGGCAGCACUACCACGAUCCCCACUGAAAAGAUAGAAGAACCAAAGGUUGAACCUAAAGUUGAAGCCAAGGCUGAGGCUAAGCCAGAAGCUUCGACUACUGAACCUAAACCUGAGCCUGAAGUUUCGAUUACUGGGGCUGAAUCCAAGGCUGACCCGGACAGGACUGCUCUUUCCAAAAGAAGUGUCUUUAACGUGACGUUGGUGACCAAUUUCUGGGCCAGUGCUGUGCGAGCCAACUCCAAGGGGCACCCCAACAAUCACUUGUACGAAAUUCCAGCCGCCAUUCUACACAAUCUGCAAAAUCCGUACAUUCAUCAAAUGGUUGUCAUUCUUGAUUCUGCCACCAUGAAGGGCAUUUGUCAACAAUUUUCACACAAAAUGCAAAAAAUGCAACAACACUUUGUACAGUGGAAACAACAACAACAACAACAUGCUAACCUGACACUACCUCCACCCUCCUCCAGUAGUCAUGACAUUUCCAAAGAACAAAUCGCUGCCAAACUCCGCUGCAUUACACGGAAAGAGUCACAACCCUCCUACUAUGAAAUGUUCCAAUACGCCACCGAUCCCAACCUUGUCACUGGCGAUGUGGUCAUUCUGGCCAAUCCAGACCAGGCAUUUGAUGACACGGUUCAGUGGGCCCAGCAUCUCAAUUACAGUUCCGUAUUGACGCUGCCCACUUGGGGAUACGAAAUCAAAAAGGCACCGCAAAGUGUCUCGGAAGUUUUCUCCUAUGUACGAUACGAUACCACUGUCAACAAAUUCCAUAUUACACCACGAUGCAAUGGCCGUUUAAGUUCCUGGGAUGGAUACGUCUUUCAUCGUGCGUUUGUCCGGGGACGACUUCGACCGGACGACUUUAUGAGAAACACAGAUAUUGUCAAAGAGAACAUCACGAUCGUAUCAUCUUCCGACAACAAUAAUACUACCACAACAUCCAACGUGACCUACAUCCGAGACUAUUUCAAAAUGAACGAUGGGGGAGGGGAAAAUGCCGCUCUCUGGGCCCUCUUGCGCAAUCUACCCAACAACACCUACGCCACGGAUGGAUGCAACGCCAUCCAAACGUGGCACAUUCAUGCGGCACCGAAGAUGCAUGCCACCAGCAAAAAAAAGGCACAUUUGUGGGGCGGGAAAGAUCCCAUGAGAGUGCCAAUGCCCUACGGGAAGCUUCCCAAGAACACGCAUUACAGUAAUGCCUUUUUGAUCAAGUCUCUGUCGGAAGCAAAUGAGCCAGUCCAACAAUAA